AUGCGACCAAAGAAAUUAUCCCCGAAGUUCGUCGGACCCUAUCAAAUACUGAGGAAGAUUGGCCCAGUAGAGUACGAACUAACAUUGCCUCCUCAACUGUCGAAUCUUCACCCAGUUUUCCACGUUUCCCAACUUCGGAAGUAUAUAGCGAAUCCAUCACAUGUACUGGAGUUGGAAGACAUUCAGCUCCGUCCAGACCGAACGUUGGAGAUGCAGCCGGUGCGCAUUGUAAAGAGUGAUACCAGAUAUUUCAAAUGGAAAGUUGUCCGAAUGGUGAAGGUAGUGUGGAAUGAGAAGACGGGAGACACUACGUGGGAAGUCGAGAGCGCCAUAAGGGGUUUGUACCCUCACUUAUUCUUGGGUAAGUUUCCAAUUUUCGAGGACGAAAAUUUUUGUAGUUAG